AUGGCGUCCUUUUGGGUACAAAUGCAUGGCGUUCCGUUGCUAAAUAUAACCAUUGUGGUGGCCAAGAAAAUUGGUGCAGUUCUGGGGCAAGUGCUGGACAUUGACCAUACAGAGGGGGACGAAUGUAUAGGGCGGUUCCUACGCGUGCGCAUUCGGAUAGAUGUGCGGCAACCGCUUAUGCGGGGUGCGUUCGUUGAGUUUCCUGAAGAAUGUGCAAUUUGGGUGAACUUUCGCUAUGAAUUUUUGCCCGAAUACUGCUUUCUCUGUGGGUGUUUGGGACAUCCCAGUCGUAUUUGUGUUGAGAAACUGGCGUCGGCGGCUAGUUCUCAAAAUAUGCAGGAUCAGAAGAUGGCUUUUGCAGGGUUAGAGGCAAGUGAGGACUUGCGCGGACGAAAACUCCGAUUCCAUGGACAAAAAGAGUUUUCUGACUCCAGCCCUUGGGUUUCUGGGGACAAUGCUGCUGGGCAUAUUCACAGGCGUAGGUCUUUUUUUCCAAGGGGUAUGAAAGAUGGUACGGGGGGUAGCAAAGCUGACUACAGAGACUGGCGGGUAAGACGGGGGGCUCAGCGGGGGGGAGAUGGAGAGGAGACGGUGAUACCCCUUUGCAAGUCCAAAUCCGGGGAUUCUACGCUAGCUAAGAGAAUCCGAACAGUAAGGGAGGCUGAAGAACGGAGUAGGCCGAUUCGGGAGCUUGCAUGGGAGGCUGGAAUUCUGGGGCCACAGGGAAUCAUGGUGGCAUCAUCCACAGUCCAAAAUUCUGGCGACAGUGGGAUCGAUAUUGAUUUCAAUACGGCGACCGUGGUGGAGAAAGGACCCACAAUGCAAGGAACAACAUAUGAGGCCUUAGACAACCAAGCUAUGGUAGGAGGGGGAUUUGGGCUUCAAUAUGGGGCAUUGAUGCAAGGGUCUGAUCCUUUUAAUCUGGGGCCACUUAUAUUUGGACAACCUUUUUGCUCUACUACAGGUGGUAUAGGCUCUCGGAGUAAGAGGGGAAGAGAAGAAGAGGAGCUUGGCAGAAUGGAUAAACGGAUGUGUGCUGAUAAUCGAUUGGCGUCAGAGUGUGUUGGGGCUGGUAGCAUGGGAUCUCGAAGGGAGUUAAUUUUUUACGAUACUCUAAUUCAAGAAGCGAAGACCGUACGUCGGUCUCCGCGAGCAUCAGGAGGAUCAUUGUUUGGAACUGUCAGGGUGAGGCUCCAAACUCCCGACAUAGUGGUCCUUUUAGAAACAAAAAAUCGGAGUCACCGUUAUAGUUAUUUGAAGCGACAAAUUGGAGAAUACCUGGAAGCGGAGGCCUUGGCGGCUCUCAAGGCUUGCCGACCCAACUCGGCGCUCACUGUGCGCGAGGUCCAAGAGGACGUGCAGAGAAUCUUCGAUAGUGGAUACUUCUGCUCUUGCAUGCCAGUCGCUGUAGAUACGAGAGACGGUAUCCGAUUGAUCUUUCAGGUAAAACCAAACCAGGAAUUCCAAGGGCUAGUAUGUGAAGGGGCAAAUGUUCUUCCAGUGAAGUUUAUAAGGGAUGCAUUCUGUGAUGGAUAUGGAAAAGUUAUUAAUCUUAAGCGUUUGAAUGAAGUUAUAUCUUCCAUCAAUGAUUGGUACAUGGAUCGGGGCCUUUUUGCAAUGGUUUCAGCUGUUGAGAGUCUCUCAGGGGGUGUUCUUAAGUUACAAGUAUCAGAAGCGGAGGUCAAUAAUAUCUCCAUACGGUUCCUUGACAGGAAGACUGGGGAACCAACUAUAGGGAAGACAAAGCCCGAAACAAUACUUCGCCAACUUACUACAAAGAAGGGUCAGGUCUACAGUAUGCUUCAAGGAAAAAGAGAUGUGGAGACUGUAUUGACGAUGGGACUUAUGGAAGAUGUUAGCAUUAUACCCCAGCCAGCAGAUGCUGGUAAGGUUGAUAUCUCCAUGAAUGUUGUUGAGCGACCAAGUGGAGGUUUUUCUGCUGGUGGUGGUAUAUCUAGUGGAAUUACAAGCGGCCCUCUUUCAGGACUCAUUGGAAGCUUUGCAUAUUCUCAUAGGAAUCUCUUUGGAAGAAAUCAAAAGCUCCAUGUUUCUCUGGAGAGGGGCCAGAUAGACUCAAUAUUUCGUAUAAACUACUCAGAUCCAUGGAUUGCAGGAGAUGAUAUGCGGACGUCCAGGACUAUAAUGGUUCAGAAUUCAAGAACCCCUGGAACACUUAUCCAUGGUAACCAACAAGAUGGUAGCAACUUGACCAUUGGUCGCAUCACAGCUGGUAUUGAAUUCAGCCGACCCAUAAGGCCAAAGUUGAGUGGAACAGCAGGGCUUAUCUUUCAGCAUGCUGGUGCUCGUGAUGAGAAAGGAAAUCCUAUUAUCAAGGAUUUCUUCAGCAGUCCCCUAACUGCAAGUGGCAAUAACCAUGACGAUAUGCUACUUGCUAAACUUGAGAGUGUCUACACAGGUUCUGGUGACCAUGGGUCUUCAAUGCUGGUAUUCAACAUGGAACAAGGCCUUCCUGUUUUGCCUGAAUGGUUGGUUUUCAACAGAAUAAAUGCUCGUGCCAGGACAGACCUAGAACUUGGCCCUGCUCGCUUUCUUUUAAGUUUGUCUGGUGGCCAUGUGGUUGGUAACUUCCCACCACAUGAAGCAUUUGUCAUCGGUGGAACAAAUAGUGUAAGAGGUUACGAAGAAGGUGCUGUGGGCUCAGGUAGAUCUUAUACAGUUGGCUCCGGAGAAAUUUCUUUUCCCAUGAUAGGGCCAGUUGGAGGAGUUAUUUUUGCUGACUAUGGCACGGAUCUUGGAUCAGGCCCCAGUGUUCCUGGUGAUCCUGCGGGUGCUAGGCUGAAGCCUGGAAGCGGGUACGGUUACGGGUUUGGCAUCAGAUUGGACUCACCAUUGGGGCCUCUUCGUCUCGAAUAUGCAUUUAACGAUAAGCAUACGAAGAGAUUUCACUUUGGGGUUGGACACCGGAACUAGGGCCCGUGUUACUUUGUUUGGCUGUGUGUUAAUUCAUUUAUUAUUCUUUUUCCUUGAUGUUGUACAUGCUUUUCUUCAUAAUGGUCUUGUUUCAUUGGGUUGCUUUGCCUU